AUGGUUGAAAUUUCCCCUGAUGUAGAUGUUUUGGAGACACUGAAACAUGAGAUGCUCGUUCGCAACUUCAAUGCUGCUGCGGGAGCACUUUUUGCCUACGAUGUCCUUAUCAAUCUAGAUGUGGAGCUCAAGUACAUAUGGGCAGCCAUGAAUAUUCGAAAACGGCCAAUCAAUACAGCAACCGUCAUAUUCAACUUGAUGUAUCUCGCACAGAGGUAUCUACCGUUGUUGGAUCGAGUUAUUUUGGAUCAGUAUUUCAUGUUGGGCGCGUCCAAUACGAGAGCAUGUUUCAUCACCUAUACACUGAGUGCAUGGAGUUCGAUUUUGGGAAUUUUGCUUUCCGAACUAAUUCUGGCAGUUCGAAUAUGGGCCGUUUGGGCCAGGAAACCAUCCAUUGGUAUCAUCCUGAUCGUACUUUCAUUGGGGUGUUCGGUUCCUGCGACCUUCUUUUUUGCGAGGUUUGUGGGGGGUAUUCAAUAUCCCGAACUCAAUAUACAGACCGGGCCGGGCUCAGCUCAACUUCGAAGAUGCUUUUAUUCAAUGAAGAACAAGGAUAUUUACGUGUGUUGGAUCGUAUUGAUGGUCUAUGAUUGUGCUAGCUUCAUCCUGAUGUCGAUACCUGGAUUUAGAGCCUACCGGACAGGUGGAAGCUCGAACCUCUUGAAAGUCGUUUAUCGGGAUGGCGUCAUUUAUUACGCCUUUAUUUUCCUGGUAUCGUUGGUCAAUGUUAUCAUUAUUCUAAUCUUAACGCCCGACCUCGUGCACAUCAUCUCUCCUUUCGAACGCGUCCUUCACUCCAUUCUCGCCAGUCACGCAGUUCUUCAUAUACGAAAAGUAGCCUCUCGAGAUUAUGUCCAAGCGGGCGAUGUGUCGAGCGGGAUUACGACGACGGGAGAACUGACUACUGAAUACUCCCAAAUGUCGUUCGCUUCAAACAUGUUCCGAACUGACGCUGAUGAAGAUCAGGACCAAAAUGUGACUGAGGGAGCCUGA